UUGGAUUUUACAUGGCGGUACAAUAUUCCGAUGUAAACAAGGAGAAAUCCUGUGAACAAACGAAGAAACCGAUUUCAAAGUGAAAGAGCAGGAUCUAGAACAAUCACCUGAUCACGUACAUGUAAUUGUGGCUUAUCAGCGUCUCAUUUCCUUGUACCUUUCCGGUCGAGGAAUUGCUAAUAUGGCCUCAAAACAGCAGAUAAAUAUCGAUGUGGUAAGCGAUGUCAUCUGACCCUGGUGUUGGGUUGGGAAGAGGAAGAUGGAACUCGCCAUGGAUUCCGUGAAGGACAAGUAUGAUUUCCAUGUGCGAUGGGAGCCGUUUUUCCUCAAACCCAACACCCCACCCGAAGGAAUCCCUAAACCAGCUGCGUACACGGACCCAAAUAAUCCAAGGGUGGCAGCCUUGAUUCAGAGUGGGGCAGAGAUCGGAUUGCAGUUCACCAACAAAUGUCCUGUAUUCCCUAACACCCUGAAGGCACAUGCAUUGAUGGAAUAUUCCAAAGAAGUAGAAAAUGGACAAAAACAAAAUGACGUUGCAGAAAAACUUUUCAAGAAGUAUUUCACAGAUGGGGAAAAGCUAGCUGAUGAGACUUUGCUGGAAGUAGUCAGUGAUGCGGGUCUGAGUAAGGACAGCUUCCUGGAUUAUGUCACUAAUCCUGAUAAUCUAGAGAAAGUGGUCACUAAGGCAGCCAGGUGGUCAGCCAUGGGAAUCUCAGGUGUACCAACAUUUUACAUGAAUGGACAAAAGAUGUUCUCAGGAGCUCAGGAUCCGCACACCUUCACGAAAAUGUUUGAAGUGGCAGCGACCAGAUUCCCACUUCAACCCGAAAGCAAGAAUUAGAGCUACUAAAGGUGUAAAGUAGAGAGUAACAGAUUGAUCACGGUUCCACCAGGUGUGAAACAGAAAGGUGUAGUGAACAGGUGAACAGGACGGUUUGAUGUUCUAUGCCUACAUUUUUUAAUUAAUAUGAGACAUUCAUUGCUAGGAGCAGGUACACCCUGUAUACAUGUAUACAUGUAGUACAAAAUAUAAAUUAUAUGUAACUUUAGAACAGCUUUCAGUUAAAGGUACCAAAUAAAGAACAGUUUAGUAUUUGUUUUUUUUUGUGAACCAAUGAAAAUUUUCAUGGAAAAAAAAUUUGAAACCAGGAAAUUGGAUAUGAAUACUUUCACUACCAACAAUCACUAGACUGUUCUUUGUUUUUAUUGUUAGAGUUAAUCUGUUUUAUAUUCUGUCUCUCUCUUAUACAAGAAAUAAAACUGGAUUUAAUGAUUAAAGUUUCUUGAACGUAGUAUGUGAUUUUCGUUAUUUGAUCACAUGAUCAGAUUUCAAUUGGAUUCCAAUUUACAAGUUGAAAAUGUGAUUACAAUUUUUGUUGGUGCUACAACUCCAAACUACAAUAAAGAAAUAUAUUCAAAACUA